UUUAUUAUUAUCAUUUCUUUUUAGGUACAAGAGGAAGAAUUUUUUUUAUCGUGAAUCUUAUAAAAAAUCUUUGAAUUCAAUUUCCUACAUCGACGUGUUUUGGUAAAAAAAAAUAAUUAAACGAAAAAUCAAUUAAAAUGAGGAUUGUUAGUGCAUUAAAAUUAAAACCUGGAUUAAACAUCAUAGUUCUUUAUGAUGGUGUUUGUAACAUAUGUAAUUCAAGCGUACAAUUUUCUAUGAAACGAAACAAUAAACCACCAAUAAUUCAUUAUGCUUCACUUCAAUCGAAAUUAGGUUCAUACUUAACAAAUUAUUAUAAAUUGCCUAAUGAUUUAUCAACUUCCGUUCUAUUAAGAUACCAUAUUUCAGAUGAUUUUUUAAAAUUUAACGACAGAAAUCUAUCUCCUGUACUUGACAAAAAUAAAGAUUAUUCUACAGACGAAAUUAUUAACACUGAAUUAUCUCUUUUACCGCAACCAGAAUUACUUAUGAAAUCUGAUGCAUCAUUAGAAUUAGUUAGAUAUUUAGAUUACCCUUGGCCAAUUACUUAUAUAUUUAAAAUUUUUCCUAAAACAUUUAGAGAUGGAGUUUAUGACUGGUGGGCAAGAAAUAGAUAUCAAAAUUUUGGUAAAACUGAUUCAUGUCAAGCACCUAUACCUGAAUGGAAAGAAAGAAUACUUGAUUGGAAAGAAUUCCAAUCUUCUGAAUGAUAAAAUAAUAAAUUCUUGUUUGCACUAUACAUACGCAUCUAUAAAUUAUUCAAAUCAAUUUGCUUAGGAGGAAUUUCUAGUUUUUACAAAUAUAAUCUAAUUACUUCUCUGUGAAGGACUAGCUUCUUCAGAUGUAAUCUGGCAUUCUGUGGAGGAAUAACUACUUCAAAUCCUUCAAAUUGUAAUUAUUCUUACGACAUUGCAUGGCAAAAUACAGUAAAAGAAAAUAAAAAAUAAAAGAAAUAAAUAUAUAAAAAAUUAAAAGAAAGAAAAUAAAAAUAUAAAGAAAUAAAUAAAA